CGAUAACAUUGCUAAACCACGUGGCUGGUCUUCCACUUCCCAGAGCUAGCUAGCUACAUGUAGAGAGAAAAAGAAAUUGUGCAGCCAGUUUUGAAGCUCUGAGCAAGUGGUCAAACUAUAUGUCUGUAUUGGUGGAGGCUGAAGACAUGAGUCCAUGGACAGGGACUACUGAGGAACCUUCAUCAAGAACAAGGAGGUCCACACGCUUACUAGCGAUGAUGGUUUGCCCUCUGACAUGACCUCUGAGGAUGGCUCCACCCUCAACGCUAUAGGCCACGCCCUCAUCCGGAUGCAGCAAGGUGGACAGACCACCACCUCAUCUCAGUUCCUCAUCACUAGGAGCACCUCUUCUGGUUCAGAGUCUGGCCAAAAAUUAAUGGUGAAUAAAGAAGACCAAAUUUAUCAGUGUGACGAUUGCUUCAGUGUGACGAUUGCUUUUUGGCCAAAUCCAAAAGUUAUAGUCCUCGAUAAGUUAUCCAAGUGCUUGUACGUACUAAUUACAUGUAGAACCAUGAGUAUUAUUGCUAAUGUUUGAUAUAAAAUAAUUAUAAAAUAAGGUUUCUUGGAAGUGGUGUUGAAAAAUAGUCAGUUUUUACUAUGUUGUUGUGUGUGUUCAGGUCCUCUGUAUGUGAUGAUCCCACCAUCCAGUAGUGCUGAGAUACUGCAUGCAAUGGGUCGACCUAUAGCACCCAAGAUGAGCAAGAUAUCAACUAUGGAUUAUCACACGGCCGACCCCAUCGUUCAAAUGCAGUUGUGAGUACACAGUUCAUGUGAUUGCCUACCUCUGCAUAACAUGUAUGACAGUAUGUUAGGAAAAGCAUCAUUCUUGUUACAUACACAGGGUUCUGCCUACAGUGGUCGUUUAGGUAAGCUGCGACCACCACUAGAUAUUUUCCGACCACCACUUAGCCUUUCCGACCACUGCUUUACAUUCUACAAGUACUGGCUAGUCCAGUUUAGCUGCUAGUCUUCGCUUACCAGUUUUACUGUCUUGAUGUGCCUUAUAUAGAGCUAACUAUUAAUUGAACUCUACUGCAUGACCAGAACAAUUAAUUGAAUUAAUUGAAGCUGCAGCAUGGCUUUGUUGAGUUUGAGGAGUACUGCAGCUAGCUAGCUUAGCUAUACUCUGCCUUAAAACAGGGAGUUGGACCACCUGCUAAGGAAAAGACAAGCUAGAGAGUGAGCAACUGGGUGCAGUUAACACUUCCAAGUACUGAUUAUGACCCGGCCUGUGAUGAAGAAAUCUUAGUAUAGCACCAUACUGUACUGAUGCAAGUACAACAAUGUACAUAUAUAAUUAUUUCAGCUACAGUACCCAUCAAUAAAAAGUUCCCGUUCCGUUCCGUUUGCGUAAAACGCACAAUUCCGGUUUAAACGCAUAAAAAAAACCGCAUAAUGAACGCAUUGUAUUAUGCAAAACGCUACCGUUUUCACGCAUGUGCAGAAAAAUUGCUGAGUAAGCAGAUUCGUUAACUUGUGAUUAUGCGUACAGUGUAGCAGUAGCUAGCUAGCUAGCUUGUGUACUACAGUAUAGCUGAUUGUCUAGCGCUUUAAUCCUCUUAGUUAGCUUAUAGAUGCUAUUUUGCAACAGUGGACCGUUUCCCCAGUUGUUCUCGGUCUCGCAUCAGCCCCAAGACUAAGUUGCCCUCCAUGCAAGUUAUUUGUGACCUGGAAUGACCGUUUUUGAAGACCAUCGUCUCUUCUCCAGUCUGGGGAUAUGGCCACCAACAGGGAAGCUCAGAGGAAGGCUACACACAAUGAAGUUGAGCGUCGGCGUCGGGACAGGAUCAAUGAGCUCAUCAAGGUACUGGCUCAGAUAGCGCCUGCUUGUCAGAAGAAAGACGCAACUACUGGUUCCAUUGUCGGGUAUGUGUACAGCAAGGGAACGGUACUGGACAAGACAGUCUGGCACCUUCGCAAGCACAACCUAUGCACUUGUCAGCUUCGUCACAAUUCUCUCCCCUCUUACAAUCAUCGCUGCCGACUGGAGCCUCUAAUCCAAACACACCACUCUUAAGCUCACUCGUACAAACUCUAUCCUCCAUUGCGAGCACGACCACUUCUCCAUCCACUCCUGUACCGAAAUCCUCCAUGCUGUCACAAGCCAACAACAAUGGCGGGGGUGGUGGUGGUGGUCUCUCUGCCGCGGCUGCUGCUAGUCUGCUCAACACUCUGAUUCUGGCUCAGAAUGUGCUCACAAGCAACUCAAGUGCUGGUAGCCCCGGGCAAGAUUCAAUGUCUAUGGAAACGGUGGACCAAUCCUCUCAACAGUAGUGUACAGUAUAUUAUAAUUGUGGACUGUUUAUACUGUUCUAGUUUUAACGUGUGUUUUUUAGUAAUCUCUCCUUCACUUACUAUAGCUACAUUGUCAGUAUUAUUAUGUAUACAUAGUUUUUAUACAUGAUAUUUGUGUGGA